AUGAGCCUCCACCUUCCAUCGCGGAGGGUCCUUGGGACCACUCCAACGGUCCUCAAGACCCUCCGCCCAACCCUCUCGCUCUCCCCCUCCGCCGCAACGUCCUCGAUCGUGUGCUGUCUCCUGAAGCAACAGCAACACCAGUACCAGCAGGCCCGCAAUGCCGCCACAAAACCGAACAGCAAAAACCUCAUCCGAGGGUACAAGAAGCCGAUGGACCUGCACAAACCGGGCGGCGCGCUCGGCGACCUUACCUCAAAGGAGGGGCGGCGCACCAUCGAGGACAGGAUGAAGGAGCGCAUGACCUCGACACGGCUCGAGUCCGAGUCCAUCUUCGACGACGAGCUAAAGGCAAGCUACCACGACGAGCUAAAGGCAAGCUACGACGACGCUGAGGGGGAGCGCGGGCCCGUCGACGCCCAGGGCAGGGGCCAGAGCGCGAGCGGCUCGCGCGAGUCGGUCAUGGGCGCCUCGCUGCUGCGCGACCACAUGCGGCACGCCAUCGACCCGGACCCGCAGGGCCGGAUGCGGUGGGAGCGGCGGCAGGUCGCGCGGCAGGUCGCGCGGAGGCUGGACGUCCGGGGCCGCGAGACGCGCGACGAGCGCAUCCGCCGCACCGAGCGCGAGGCCACUAGCCGGUCCGCCUGGCUCGCCACGUCGACCAAGAAGCUCGUCCACCUGGCCCACCAGAUCUCGGGCAAGACGCUCGAGGAGGCCCGCACGCAGAUGAAGUUCUCCAAGAAGAAGUUCGCCCGCGAGGUGCUGUACGAGCUGGAGCUGGCCCGCGACAAGGCCGUCGUCGAGCGGGGCAUGGGCCUCGGCAAGUCGACUGGGGAGUUCGUCCCCGGCACCACCGAGAAGAGGACGGUCAAGGACUUCAGGCACGGCAAGUUCGUCGAGGUUGAUGACCCGAGCAGGAUCUACGUCUCAGAGGCGUGGGUGAACCGAGGUCCCUGGAGGGGCAAGAAGCCAAAUUACCGAGCACGGGGACGUGUGGACCUCAUUCAGAUGCCGCAAGCCAGCAUCACAAUCCGGUUGAAGGAGGAAAAGACCCGGAUGCGAGAGUUUGAGGAGAAGAAGGCGAGACAAUACAGGCAGGGCCCAUGGGUACAUCUGCCCAACAGGCCUGUCACAGCUCAGCGGCCCUUUUAUUCCUGGUAA